AUGAUUUCCAUCAAACUCGGCAUUAAGUUGGAAGAACAGGACGUGGUAUACGCCAAACGGGCAGGAAACGGACGUAGUAAUUAUGAGGAAAGCGAAGAAAAGGCGCCUCGGCCGCGCGUCAUUGUCGUCCGCCUUACACGACGUGAAACGCGCGAAGAGCUUCUGCGCAGCGCUCGG